AACAACGACGGCAACCUCAGCAAACAACGCCCCGCCACGUCGUCUCGUCCAGGUUGCCACUUGGCAACCACGACAACAUCCAGCGAUCGUUGGACCUGCUGAGGCAUUUUGUCGCCCAGGAACGGCGCAUGUCGGGCCGCAGGGACGUGAAGGUGGUGUUCAUCGAAAUUAGCGAACUGUGCUGCGCUACCAAGGUGAACGAUAAACAAAUUAUCUUCUGUAACAACUUCCAACGACGACGGCGGCUACGAAAUAAGGACGACGAGCCUCCUGCAAGUACUGGUACGAGCCUUCGAGGUUCAGUUCCUCGUCGUUUGUCAACCGGUGCGGAUGCGGAAGCAGGUUGUUUUCGGAUAGUGGCAGCGGUAGCGGUCGAUAGUAGUCAUUUGCUGGAUUUCUUACUGAUUGAUGAGCCAUCAUCAUCUGGGAUCAUAAGUCGAAAUCGAUCGAAGUUGGAACCGGAACCAGUGAGCGAAGACAUUGGCCGGUUGUUGGAGUUUGCGGGAAGCGGUCCGGCGGCCGCCUGGAGUGAUUGCAGUGACGAUUCCGGAAGUGUACGGCUAGUGCUGGGCAGUGCAGGUGGGAGUGCUAGUGAGGGAAGUGCCAGGAAGCGAACACGGGACACCCAAGGAUUACCGCCGAGGGGGAAUUUUAGGCGAACUUCGCUCGGAAGCGACUACUUUGAGCAGUUCUGUGUAAAGUGUCGGAUUUAUCUGUUGGAAAACUUUCAAAAGUUUCGGAGCAACUUUUCAAUUAUGUCACGUUUGAGCGGUAAGGAAUGCGCACCUAGUAUAUCCUCGCGCCAUCUUGGUGAAGGUGGUGGUGGUGCGGGAGGUGGAAAUUCUGGGGACCGCAAGAAGCCAUUUUCGCGCCCAUUCAACAAGUCCCGUUUGGAACCGUCCUCGAGUGCCGGUGGAACAGGCAGGAUGUCGAGCCCAUCCCCGACGGAUACCAGCACCCUCAUGCGGCAAAAUAACGAGCUGCGUCAACGUCUACAAGAGGAAGCAAGCACCUAUCGGCGCCGGCUGGAAACGUACAAGCAAGCUCAGAACAAUCAAGCCGCUCUGGUCAGCAGACUGCAGGCCAAGGUCCUACAGUACAAGCAACGCUGCAGCGAGCUGGAGCAAACUCCCACUUCAAGCACUUGCCCGAGUUACAAUGUCCGGGAUCACUCACCAGGGCGACAUCACGCUGCACCCUCUGCAGGACCAAUUUGCAGCUCGGUGGGCGCUCCGAUGAGUUUGCCGCCGUGUCCGGUGGCACGGGAACGAUCACGAUCCCGCUCUCGGUCACAGUCUCCGUGUCGCAAGUAUGCCGAUGGAAGUCACGAUGAAGUCCGCCAUCAACUUGACGAGGAACGACGAAGAUGCGAAAAACUACUGGUCGAAAACUCCUGCCUGCGGCAGCAGUUGGAGGAAUCACAUCGAACCAACGAAGCACUAACCAAUGAUCUCCAGAAGCUUACCGCCGAUUGGGAAAGCUUGAACAAGGAACUACUGAACAAGGAGGACGAGUGGAAGGAGGAGGAGCAGGCCUUCAACGAUUACUACAACAACGAGCACACGCGGCUACUGAAAAUGUGGCGCGAAGUGGUCAACGUUAAACGCAUGUUUAAGGAGAUGGUGUCCACCACCAAGGUGGAGAUGGGGCGGAUGCAGCUGGAGCUAACGGGCACCGGACGCGAAGUGGUCGGUGCCUGCAGUGGGGUUUCCGUCAAUCUGAAACAGACCUCCAAAAUUGAAGAAGCCCAACAGAUGCACAUCGAGCGGGAAAACAUGGAUCUGAAGUCGCAACUCAGUGAUCUGCGGAUGCAACAUGAGAACGCCAAGCUGGAAAUUGCCCAACGUGAUCAGCGGCUGCAGCAGAUGCUUCAAGAUCUCAAACUGAUGGAAGAACGUUACGUCCAAGUGGAGAGCCAAGCCGGACAAACACAGCGCCUCAAUGAUGAACUCGAACGCCUGCAGAGUGCCUUGCGGGACAUUGCCCACGCCGUAGUUCAGGAUGCAGAAACGACGGCCACUGCUGAAGCCGAAACCACAUCCACACAUCAUCUGCACCUUUCGCAGUCUAGUGGAAUGCCAGCGCCGCCACGUUCCCCCAAACGAGGUGCCAUUCGCACGUCGCAAGCAUUUGCCGAGGGAACCAUUUCCGCGGUACAAGCUGCUUUGCACAAGUAUCAGCUGGCCAUUCACGACUUGCAGGUCAAGCUGCAGAGCAAUACCGAUGCCCUGUCGGCCACGCGCAAGCAAUUCGAGAACUGUGAACACACCCGCGAUGUUCUGUCCGGGAAGGUGGGUGAGCUGACCGAAAAACUGGACUCGGCCAACCAUCAACUGUCUGAGCUGUACAAGGAGCGGGAUAGCCUGCAAAAGACGCUAGACGGCCUCCGAAGCGACAAGCACAGCGUCGAAAGGGGAAAAGCCGAAUUGAACUCAAUUGUGGACAGUUUGAAUACAGACUAUGAAAAGUUGCAGAAUGUAAACAGCAAAUUGCAGAAAAUGUACGAUUCCCUGGAGGAAGAGAAGAAAAUGUUGGAAAGCGAGCUACAGCGAGUGCAAAAGGACAAAGAUAUUCAGGAGAUGAGUUUAAGAGCUGAGGAGGAACGUUCGAGCAGACUGCGCGAAGAAACCAUCACCCUGCGGGAGGAGUUGAACAAGCUCUACCUGUCACGUGAUUUGCUCGAGCAGCAACGAAUCGAAUCCGAUGGACUGCUCAACAUGAUUGAGAAGCAGAAAAUCGAACUGGAAUACGAACUGGACCGGAUCAUCAACGAGAAGGAUGGCCUGCACAUGACACUGGAGAAGAAGAGUUCCUCCAAUGACCACCUGGAGGUUGAAAUUAAACAGCUCAAGGCGUCCGUCCUGCAGCUGGAGGACGAAAGAACCAAGCUGAAAACCCAGGUGUCCGACCAGGGCGUUGAUCUGGCGGCACUGAAAAAGGAACUGAUUUCCGCCGAGCAGGCCCGACUGGACUUGGACUCGGAAAAGUUGGCCAUCAGCGAGCGGCUGAAGUGUCUGGAGAUGGAGAAGGACAAAGUGGAGCAAGAUUUGAGUUGUGUGGCGCGAGAACGCAACGAUUUGAGCAACCAGCUGGCAGCGAUUUCCCGCAAAAAGGAGACCAUUGGGGAAGAAGUUAUGCGUUUGCGACAGCGGUUGGAACAGGCGAACGAAAUGAACGCCCGAUUGAAUCGGAACCUGGAGGAGCUGGUGAAGGAAAACGAGGAGAAGGCUGUGGUCAUCGAGGGGCACGAGAAAGAGCUGCAACGAUUGCAGGAACAACUGGCUUCGCUUCGCAGCGAAAAGGAUUCCCUGGAGGCGGUACUGUUCGACACGAACACAUCGCUCGAGGAAGCCGAAGCUCGGAAGGAUGCUCUCGAGCGGGAGAAUCAGGAUCUACUUAUCAAGCAGGAAUCGCACAAGGCACUGAUCGGUCGACUCAAUAAGGAUUUGGAAAAUGCCGAACGUCGGGCCCAAGACAUCAAAAUCCAACUGACCAAUGCGGCCGCCAACCAAGAGGCCGAGUUUCUCCAAAAGUUGUCCAAUUUGCGCACUUUCGGCGAGGAAAACAUCAAGAAGUUGAACGAGGAGAAGGAAGCCAUUCGCAACUCGCUGGAGAAGCGAAUGAGCCAAGCUCUACAGGCGUUGGAGAAUGGCAAGGACGCUGAAAUUCAAACUCUGAAGGAACAGUUUGAGGCACUGCAGAUGCAUCUGGAGGCGCUGAAUCAGCAACAUGAAGAGGUGGUCCUGCGGGCCGAGAAUGAGAAGCAGCAGGCUCUGUUGAUUGCUCACCGGGACAAGCAAGCAGUAAUGGAGAAGUUAGACGCGACCGCACGAGAGCUCAAGCUGGAACUGGACAACGGCGAUCGGUUAAAGCGCGAGAUGGUUGCCCGUCAGGAGAAGGACCGGACAACGAUCGGUUGCCUGAGAGAUGAAAUCGCCAAAAUGCGCACCAAGAUGGAAGAGGCAAGGAUUCGAGCGGAAGAGGAACUGAAUCGACUCGAGGUUGUACAGGGGGCAUUGCGGGAUGAGAAAGAUGCUGCAUUGAAGGAAAUCGAAGAACUGAAGGUUCAGUUACGACUGACAGAAGAUCGAUGCGACGGGGUUAGUUUGCAGCUGCAGGACACCCAGCGAAAAUUAAAGGAAGCUGAGAAUUGUAUUGACGCUACAAGAAAGGAGUUAACUGAUACACGUCGAACAUUAGCGGACAGCAACAUUGAGCGGGAUAAGUAUGCCAACAGCAACAAGGAGCUACGAGACCACGUGAAACGAGUCGAGGGACAACGCCGGGAGCAAGCUCGAUCAAUGGACGAUGCUUUGCAGAAGAUUGCAGGAUUGGAAGAGUCCCGCAAUCUACUCGAACAGGAAAAGGUCCGCUUGCAGACCAUCCUGAAGGAAACGGAAAACAAUAUGACCAAAUUGAACAAGGAUUUAUCCACUGCCCAAACCGACAUUCAAAAGUUCCAGUCCCAAUCGACUCAAAACGAUGCCGCGGAGAAGGAACUACAGGCACGCCUAACAAACGAAUCCGAAGAGAAGGAGCGCAUCUUGCAGGAAUUGCAUCAAAUCAAAAAGCAAAUGUCUGAUUUGGAGGGAACGCUGUGCGCCACUCGUCAAGAGUUGGGCAGAGCUCGUUGCAAGGCAAAUCAAGACGAGCAUCGAUUCCACCAGCGAGAGCAGGAGUUAUGCGCUCGUAUAGAGGAAGGCAGAGGACGUGAAAAGCGACUGGAAGAUCAGAAGCAUAAUCUGGAAGUGUGUUUGGCCGAUGCAACACAACAGAUCCAGGAGCUCAAAGCACGACUCGGAGGUUCGGAAGGACGCGUUCGUGCUUUAGAUGAACAAUUAGUUCACUUGGACGCGAUCAAAAAGGAAACAGAGAACAAACUAAGCUCGAUUGGCCAUACGUUGAGAAGGAUUGCCGGGAUUCAAAUGGACGGAUCGGUUAGCUUGCCGUAUCGUCUACUCAGUCCAUCUAGAAGAUAUAGCCCGGCUCGCGGUCGCAGCGAUCGAGAUGAGUUUCACCACCACCACCACCAUCACCAUCAUCAUCAACAACAGGAAACGAGAAGCCUUUCGGGAGACAAUGCAAUCAUCGAUGUCGAUCCAGAAAUGGUACGCAAGGGUGUGCGUACGCUAAUGCAACAGGUGGCGCAAAUCGAGCGCGAAAGAGAUGAUUUCAAGAUGCAACUUUGUACUGCGAAAAAGCAGCUUCAAGAAGGCGGAGACAAUCAAAUGCGUUUGGAAGGAAAGAUUUGUAAAUUGCAACAGCACAAUCGGGCUAUCCACGAGGAUAAGACCAAUUUGGAGGCCAAGCUAGCGCAGAAAACUACUGCGUUGCAAACCACCGAGGAGACACUCAGACAGAAAAGCGACGAUUUAAACAUAACGCGAGAGAAGGCUGCCCAUUUGGAGCAAUCUCUCAGCACUACGGCCGAGGAGAAGAGUCAACUGGAAGAACGCUUGGAGAAAUGCAGACAAAACGCCUGUCGCUUGGAGUCCGACAAGCGGCAUCUGCAGGACGAGUUGGCUCGCACAGAAGGACGUGCAUCGAAACUUGAUCUCCAACGCGUCGCUCUCGAGGGAGAUAUUCAACGUUUGCAGAUGGCACUCCAGGAGAAAGACUGUACUAUCAGAAACCUUCAAGAACGCUUGGAGAACCACCAAAGAUCGGGAACGCAGCUGGAAGAUCGAUGUGCCGCGCUCAAGAGUACGGUUGAUCAGUUGAAGGAACGCCUGCAAGCGGCAGCCAUUACUGAGACCGAACUACGAGGGGAAAUUGCCGGAUUGCAACGUCAUAACACCGACCAAGGGCAUACAUUCGCCCUGGGACAGGACAAACUUAAGCAACUCCAGAAAACUCUUACCAAUAGCGAGAAUGAGCGUCGAGUUCUUUCGGAGCGCUUGGACGCCUCACAGCACACCAUCAAUGAGCUUAGAAGAAGCCAGCAAGCGACACAAGAUCAAACGCAACGUUUGCAAGAGCAAAUAGCUGAAUGUGAAGUACAGAAGUCGGCUCUUGAGUCACAGCUGCGGCUAGCCAAGUGGAAUCAGGAGAAUGCCGAACAGUUUGGCGGUGGAACUGGUGGAGACCAGGAUCUUGCGCGACAAUUGGUUAACUCACAGCGGGACCGUACCGAGCUGAGAAAUAAGCUGGAGGCCAUGAAGGAGAAGGUUCGUCACAUGGAGAACGAAAAGCUUGGUUUGGAGAAGAGUGGCAGCAAAUUUUCUGGCCAUGUGCAGUUUGAUCGAUCGGAGAAGAGCUUGCUGGGAGAUUCUGGGGAACUGGAUUCGAAUCGCUUGGAGUCUAGCGGUUACGGUGGUAUGGGAACCGGGAGUGCAAAAUACAGUUGCGGUCUGGAUCAUGCUCAGAUCGAGCAAGAAAGCCGAGAUUUGCGCAUGAAGGUACGUCGCAUGGAAACUCUGUUGGCCGAAAAGGAAGCCGAGCUGGCGCGGGCCAAGGCAAAAAUGUUGGAAUCGCCGAGCAAGUCUAGCAUGAGUGGGUAUGGAGGAGGUGGUGUUGGUGCAGCUAGUUCUGAAAUCGAGCGUCACCGAAAUGCUCAAGUACAGGCCGAACGGCUGCUGGAUGCCAGAGAACAGUCGCAUCGACAGCAAGUGCUUCGGUUGGAAAAUCAAAUCUCGAUGUUGAGAGAGCAGCUGGCUCAGGAAGCAAAACGUCGGCAGAUGUAUAUUCUGAGGAGCUCGCGUGCCGGUCGAGAGAUGCAACAGCUGCGUCAAACGCUCGGCGAUUCGUUGCGAAAUGUUACACAGGAGCCGAUCGACUCGUCACUGUUGGAAAGUGAAGCCAGACGGUUAGACAGUGCUGUAUCGAUGAGCUUGCCGCCAACGACCAGUAGAGAUUUGGACCGUAGUUUGAGUCCCACGUAUCGCUAAGGAUCGUAUGCUAAUCGUAUUUCAUAUUCCAUUGAUGGUAAAACCAAAGAUUUAGUAGCUACCUGAAUAUAAGACGAAAGUAGGAAAUUGAACAUUAAUACAUAAUAACAUGGUAACAGAAACUCAUUCUCAUAUGAUGUAUGGAUUUCAUAAUGUUAAACGUAGAAUGUCGAUUAAUAUAUUGGUUUAUAAUAGGGUGGGCGUUCAACAGCUCGUUUAUGCCCUACACAGCUCAUUUAAUUCAUAGUUGGAUAUUGAAUGUCCAACCAACAUCCAAUUCAACCUUGUGGUUUUCGCGCGAUUGACCAUCUCCUAGGUCACCGCGCUAAUGCUGUGUACGUAAAGCUAGGGGCGCCCACUGAAGUGUUAAAUAGCAUAGGCUUGAGCAAGUUUCAAGACCUUGAACACUGCCAGAUUGUAACGAAUCACAACCAUACAUAUUACGCUAAACGUAAUAUUAGACUACACAGUGCAACCAUGUGUUGUCUCAAGCAUCAACAUAUCGCUAUUUACCGUAAAGUGCUCUAAUUCAGUGAAGGAUAAUAUGCAGAUCGGGAAGAGGAGUUCAGACCAUUUAUUGAAUAGUUCAACGUCCACUGACUGACGAAUGAGAACGGCCUUCGAUUGAUUGAUUGUUAUUCAUUCAAGAAUAAAUCAUACGACUGGCUUUUUGACGUCAAGAUGUGCACGUGUAAUGAUGGGAGAUUCGAAAGGUGGAAGCAGAAAUUCGAUGAACACUUGAAUGAAGGACAUGUUACGUCAAUACUGCGGACGAUAGAAGAUUUUCAGUCAAUUUGUGUGCUUCGUGGUUGAUAUAAGUAUUGUCGGCUGUACAGAUUGCCAAGAAUCCUACAGCUGAGUUCUCGAUAGUUAUUUUUUUUGAAUCUCGGUAAACACUGAACUACGCCACUUUACGGUAUUUUAUUUAUAUGUGCUAAAAGCGAGACAAAGAAGAGAUCUCAUCAAUCAUUACAUUACAUUAGUAAAAGAUAGUUGAGCUGUCGUAGUAAUAAAUUAUUACUAAUGACAUACCUGCCGGUUUUUAAUAUAGGAAGCAUUUUUUUUUGAGAAUUCAGGAAGCCAUUGAACCCUCUUGGAGCAGAUUCAAAUUUCUCUUCAUACAAGAUCCCUGUGACGAGCUUCUAGCGUCCUUUCAGUUUCCGCUUUCAAUCAAACACACCACUUCGAUUUGCUUUCAUUUGACAAUAGAACACUAUUGGUUACUAUUACAUACUCAUCAAACUUAUGACCCAAAUUCAAAAACAGGAAGAAGACCAUCAUCUUCAUCCUGUUUUAUGAUAUUGAGAGUUUAUUUUAAUUUUAUUUUUAAUGAUUGUGGAGUUUAUCAUUUUCAACAAUACGCUUCGUAUAACCGAGACUCCACGUCUUAGUAAAUCAUGCAGAGAUUCCGGUAGUGCAUAAACCUACAACUGCCAUCUGAUAUCAGAUUCACUGCCGGCCAUGACCCAUCAUAUCACAUGACGUGACUAAACAUAUCUUAUGUCACUUACCAACUAACCUAGGGUCGACUUUCAGAAAUCUGUUCGUCUGGUGAUUUCACCCUAAUGUAAAAUGGUUGCAUUUCGCCAGAAUAAAUUAUCGCAUAAAUGAACACGUUAGUGAAUUUUAAAUUGAGUCAAUGUGAUUGAGAGGUGAACACCUAGGUACAUAAUAAUCAUUUCAAAGCUACCAUUUGGUAUAACCCACAUAGUUCCUGCGAUAAAAAACAAAACAAAUCAUCAAUAAAUAAGCAUUUGAGCAUAGCAAUUUAUUCAAAUAAUCAUAUAUUGAAUUUAUCAUCCACACAUUUAAUCAUAGACUAUCCAUAACGAUGAAAAAAUAUGGCAGAGACAUAUGUAUAUGUCAAUUACAUUGAGAGAUAUUCAUAAUCCAUGAUCUGCUUAAAGAUUAAUUUUUCGACUAACGAAGGUCUUUACGAGAUGGCAGCAUCCCUUUAUAAAAAUUGGGCCGACGUUGUUUAUGAACUAUCUAUUAGCACGGAUAAAGUAGAAUAUGUCCACAUGA